AUGUUAGGCUCUACCGGUGUCCGGGCGGAAGAUGGCGGCAGUGGCAGCAGCGGUGGCCUGGGGGAGGAGCGGCUGGACGGCGGCGGCCGUGAGAGAGGCGCCAGGCGGAAGAAGAUGAUGGGAUACCUCAAGGCAGCCAAUGAGUUACGGCAGGCAUACUCGGCCCAGUGGACGAGAGGAUACCAGGAUCAAGAUGCCAGCAGUCCGGGUAUGCCUGGUGGCUACCCGGAGGGCGAAGCUACCAUUCACGGAGACGAGGAGAUGAUACUAUUCCCCAGCUACGGGAGACGCCAUGUCCAUGGAGGCAAACAUCACCGCCAGACAUCACUCUCCACUGAUGCUGCUGAUGAAUUUGAGGCAGCUCUGCCAGCCGCGCAGAAUGAGUGUCAGAAACCACAGAGUGACACUGCCAUUGUCGACGUUGAUGCCCGGGGAUGGAUAUACUCCCCCCAGCGAGGACCCCUGAACAGAAAAACCCGUAUACUACUUGCUCUGGCCAGGCGUCUGAGUGGUAUCCAGGUCUCGAGCGCCACAUCCUCCGACGUUGAUGACUCCUCUGCCCCCGGCAGCCCAAAGUCACCCGGUCAGGAUGACGCUUCUAUAAACCAACGGGUGGACUCAAUCAUGAACAAGGCUCAGGAAGGCGUCGAGGAGGCCCAGCAGGCCUCGCAGCAGAUGUCUCCUGAACAAAUGGCAGCUGCUAAUGCACAGCUGAUGGAGCGAUUGACACCUUUUCUCACCAUUCCGGCAGUCAACAUUCCAGUCACAGUCUUCUUCUUUAACAAGACCCAGAGCCAGUCUAGGACUAUAUCGACUAAUGCUAGUGGCCAGUUCAUUCUUCGGGCAUCGCUUGAUUUUGUUCCUACUCAUGUCCGUGUACUCGCUGCGGAACACCUGUCAGCCACCGAGGAAGUUAGCUUGUCUGAUCCUGGUGGUGUCAGCCUUAUCAGCGACAUCGAUGACACCAUUAAGCAUUCCGCCAUUGCAGAUGGGGCCAAGGAGAUGUUCCGUAACACAUUUGUCCGUAAUCUGAACGAUCUUACCAUCGCUGGUGUUGGUGACUGGUACACAAAGCUCGCCGAAUUGGGAGUCGGUGUUCACUAUGUCUCCAAUUCGCCAUGGCAACUAUACCCGCUUUUGAAGAAAUACUUUAGCCUGGCUGGGCUUCCUCCGGGCUCGUUCCAUCUAAAGCAGUAUUCUGGCAUGCUCCAGGGAAUAUUCGAACCUACCGCCGAAAGAAAACGCCCUAGCCUUGAGAGGAUCAUACAAGACUUUCCCAACCGCAUGUUCAUCCUCGUUGGUGAUAGCGGUGAGGUUGAUCUCGAGAUAUAUACCGAACUCGCUAUGGCGAACAAGGGCAGAAUCCUUGGAAUCUUUAUCCGUGAUGUAACCACGCCUGCGGCGCAGGGGUUCUUUGACCGGUCAAACCCUCGCCUAGAGAGGCGAAGGAGGAAUAACUCCAGCAUCGACUUUAGCAGCCUGUUGAAGACACCAGAGAACAAGCCUACUCUACCACCCAGGAGAAAGACUGACCGAGAAGAAACAGUAGUCCCAAUGGGAAACCUCAUCGACUUGGAUGACUGUGAUGAUGAUGUACCGAAACUAGAUAUUUCAAGUCAGAAGCCAGUAUCCACCUCCGUGGCACCUCCAAAACCAGCAAAACCAGCGGGCCUUCGCUCUGCAACGAUAGAAUCCAAAGGUAUUAGUAACAAUAACAAUACUACUCUCAAGUCUGGCCAAGGGCCAUCGUCCACUGCCAAUAGAAAACCAGUGCCAGGAAGCCCUGGCAGGUCAGCCACGCUGUCCCGAAACCCAUCCACCGAUAGUUACGUUAGCAGCUUCAGGAACCAGGCUGCCAACCUCUAUAACCAACUACCUUCGGCCCGAGAGUACGCUGAGAGAAUAUCCAGUGCCAUCCCCCUAUCUUCCAAUCGAACCACUCCCACUUCAUCUCCAAAGGCAAAGCCCGCACCUCCUCCAGUACCUCCUCCUCGCCGGAGUGCUACCAUAACCAACACUGGUGCCUCCAUGAGUAGUAGCAAAACUACGCCGGGCGCAACAGGAACAUCCUCACCCUCCCUUAGGAAAGUCCAGGAAGGGACGGACUCUCUUGACCUUCCUGCUGGUGACCUGAAUAGGACAAACUCCAUGCCCCCUACAUCUUUCAGAAGGGCAAACUCAUACCAGUCUUCCGAGGCAAUGACAAGUGGCCUGAACAAACGGGAAGAGAUGUGGCUGAGGCGGUGGGAGCGAGCGAAGGAGAUGCUUGAUCGAGACGGAGUCCCUUUAUAUAGCUGGCGGGACGGCGGAGACGUGGAGGAGAUAUGCUUAGAGUUGGUUAAGAAAGCCCAAAAGAAGAUUGGAAACAACAAUGAUUGUUCAAAGUGA